AUGAAGAGGCCCAAGUUCCUGAAGCCCGUCUGGAAUAAUCUGGCUUGGGUCACUCAACUAUCGAACACCCCUAGUAUCGCUUCGUAUGUAGGAACCUGGGCGAUGUCCUUCCAGAAACUCAAAGCUCUGUACUCAGAGUUUGGUACUUCGCUGUCACGCAAUGAAACCUCGAAGACUAACGUCCAGAACGUGGGCAGUAUUAAUUAG